CUAAGGGAUUAAGACCGUAUAAAUUGAGACGCUUCCCGCCUAGCGCCUUCAGUUCUUCAGCUGCCGCACAUUAAUCCGGUGUUUGCGAAGUUAGACGUUUCGUCAGUCUUUAUACUAAGUUAAUUCCUGUACAGUUAAAUUUAUUCAACAACAAAAUGCGUGAAUGUAUUUCCAUCCAUGUUGGCCAAGCCGGUGUCCAGAUCGGUAAUGCUUGUUGGGAGUUGUACUGCUUGGAGCACGGUAUCCAGCCUGAUGGCCAGAUGCCAAGUGACAAGACCAUCGGAGGUGGUGACGAUUCCUUUAACACAUUCUUCAGUGAGACUGGUGCUGGUAAACAUGUCCCCCGUGCUGUGUUCGUCGAUCUUGAACCAACUGUUGUUGAUGAGGUCCGAACUGGUACAUACCGUCAGCUCUUCCAUCCUGAGCAGCUUAUCACUGGGAAGGAAGAUGCUGCCAACAACUACGCCAGAGGUCACUACACAGUCGGCAAAGAACUCAUCGACAUGGUUUUGGACAGGAUCCGUAAAUUAGCAGAUCAGUGCACUGGUCUCCAAGGAUUCCUGAUCUUCCACAGCUUUGGUGGUGGUACAGGGUCUGGUUUUACCUCACUUCUGAUGGAACGUCUCUCUGUUGAUUAUGGCAAGAAAUCCAAACUGGAAUUUGCUGUCUACCCAGCUCCUCAGAUAGCAACCGCAGUGGUAGAACCAUAUAACUCAAUCUUGACAACACAUACCACCCUGGAACACUCUGACUGUGCAUUUAUGGUUGAUAAUGAAGCUAUCUAUGACAUCUGCAGACGAAACCUUGACAUUGAAAGACCAACCUACACUAACUUGAACCGUCUAAUUGGCCAAAUUGUUUCCUCCAUCACUGCAUCUCUUCGAUUCGACGGUGCAUUGAACGUAGACUUGACUGAGUUCCAGACCAACUUGGUACCCUACCCACGUAUCCAUUUCCCUCUUGCAACCUAUGCUCCAGUAAUCUCAGCUGAGAAGGCAUACCAUGAACAAUUGACCGUUGCGGAAAUCACCAACGCAUGCUUUGAGCCAGCCAACCAGAUGGUGAAAUGUGAUCCACGUCACGGAAAGUACAUGGCUUGUUGUCUGUUGUACCGUGGUGAUGUUGUGCCAAAGGAUGUCAACGCAGCCAUUGCUACCAUUAAGACCAAAAGAACCAUCCAAUUUGUUGACUGGUGUCCAACUGGUUUCAAGGUGGGCAUCAACUACCAACCCCCAACAGUGGUACCAGGAGGUGACUUGGCCAAGGUACAACGUGCUGUGUGUAUGUUGAGCAACACCACCGCCAUCGCCGAGGCAUGGGCUCGUCUUGACCACAAGUUUGAUCUGAUGUACGCCAAGCGUGCUUUCGUGCAUUGGUACGUAGGAGAGGGUAUGGAAGAAGGAGAGUUCUCAGAGGCUCGUGAAGAUUUGGCAGCCCUGGAGAAGGACUACGAAGAAGUCGGUGUUGACUCUGCUGAUGGAGAAGGUGAAGAGGAGGAAGGCGAAGAGUAUUAAACCAGAAACUUCAUGAACACUGUAUAACCUUUUGCUUGUUUGCGCUUAUUGUAUAUUGGCGAUGAUGUUAUAAUUGAUAAAUGAAAUAAAAGUACCACUAGCUUUCAUAUUUUGUUAAACGUGGUAAAAUUAUCCAUAAUUAAAAAUUAUUAUAAAGUUUGGACCAUGAGCAUUUUUGCCAUUUCUUAAACUUCAGAAAAUGUUCAAAUCAUGCGUGCAAUUUGCGCCACUUUUCAGUAUUACGUUCUGUAGAUAAAAGACCGUCAAAGUAUGUAAUAAAUGCCCAUUUAUGAAAAAUACGA